CUCUUCUCUUUCUAAAGACGUUCAUUCAUGCGCCCAAAAUUUUGCACCUGGUAUGCAGUAGCCACAUUUUUUUAUAUUUAGAGGCUCCAGAUCUCAGAUUUUCUUUCUAAUACACAGGCUCCUGAGCUGCUCUCAUGGCGGAUGUACGACUACAGCCUCCUCUAACCAGUCUCAUCAGUUACUUCUGCAUCAUUCUCUCUUUAGGCCUGAAGGCAUCGAGCAUCGGCGUAAACUAUGGCACCCUUGCAGACAACCUCCCCCCGCCCGCACAAGUGGCCACCUUCCUCAAGACGCAAACAUACAUUGACCGCAUCAAGCUCUUUGGUGCUGACCCCGCCAUCCUGCAGGCCUUUGCCAACACGGGCAUCUCGGUCGUCAUCUCUGCUGCGAAUGACGAGAUCGUUCCCCUCUCGAAGGCUCCUGCAGCAGCCCAAUGGGUCGCUGACCAUGUCCUGCCCUUUGUCCCCGCCACCAAAAUCAUUGCCAUCUCUGUGGGCAAUGAGGUCCUCGCCACCAGUGACAAAAAUCUUAUCGCUCAUCUCUUGCCUGCGAUGCGUUCGCUGCACACCGCCCUCGUUAAUCGAAACCUUUCUUCGAGCAUUUACGUUUCAAGUCCACAUUCAUUAGGAAUACUCAGGGCGUCGGAGCCACCAUCAUCGGGUCAGUUUCGGAAGGGGUAUGAUCACGUCGUCAUUGCUCCAAUUUUGGCCUUUCACAGAGAAACUCGCUCACCAUUGUUCAUUAAUCCCUACCCCUAUUUUGGGUUUAAGCCUGAUACAUUGGAUUAUGCACUUUUCAAGCCAAAUCCAGGUAAAUUUGACCCUGUUACUGGUAAGAAUUACACAAACAUGUUUGAUGCUCAAAUGGACGCUAUUUAUUCGGCCGCAAAGAAAUUAGGGUUUGAUGAUGUCGAUAUGGUAGUGGCGGAGACGGGAUGGCCUUCUAUUGGGGACCCUAAUGAGCCUGCUGUAAAUAUGGCGAAUGCAGUGUCAUAUAAUGGGAACCUGAUACGUCAUGUGUCCUCAUGGGUCGGGACACCGAUGAUGCCCCGGAAGAAGUUUGAGACAUAUAUUUUCUCACUGUUCAAUGAGAACUUGAAGCCGGGAUCGACAGCUGAGAGGAAUUUCGGUCUUUUUAAGGCGGAUCUGACACCAGUUUAUGAUGUGGGGGUCAUGAAAGGCCAGUCUGGAGCUCCAACGCCUGCUAACCCUUCACCUGUCACCCCUGCACCCACAAACCCGUCACCUGUGAAUCCAGCUCCGCAACUUCCUUCUCCGGCACCAGAAAACCCAGCACCCGGUGCCCCAUCGGAAAAGCUUUGGUGCGUGCCAAAGCCAGAAGUGGAAGAUGUGAAGCUCCAAGCAAACAUCGACUAUGUGUGCAGUCAAGGUGUUGAUUGCACCCCAAUUCAGGCAGGGGGUGCAUGCUACCUCCCUGAUACAUUGCAGUCGCAUGCCGCAUAUGCGAUGAAUGCUUACUAUCAGUUUGCUGGUCGCAACGAUUUCAAUUGUGAUUUUGCUCAAACUGGAGUUCUCACAUCAUCAAACCCUAGUUAUGGGGAUUGUAACUUCAACUCGUAGACAUUGAAGCUCUUAAAAAAAUGCCAUUUUAUUGCCUUAAAUGAAUUUCUUGUAACGGCUACUUUUACCCUUCUUAAAUGCAGUGUUGUAGUUAAGUUUAAUCAGUUGGACCCACCUUUCAUUCUUCAAUGGAGGGAGUAAUCUAUUAUUUGUACAUGGUGUUUGAAGUUUGAAC